CUGUUGAUCAUGUAGCUGAGAUGGAGACGUGGAGACGUAUUUGCGUAUAAGUAUGGAUGCCUUCAGACUGCAAACAUUCAGACUACUGCGUCCGUCCUGCUUUGAACUCCGUGCACAACACCGUCUAAUUGACUGAUCAACCGAUCGAAAAGACUUCAAUGGCUGCCAUGGAAGCUGCACAAAUUAUCACGCUCGUUGCAGAGUCGACUAUUUCGAACUACAUCUCCCUUGCCAUUACUUCGCUGCUGGCGUAUGAGUGGGUGAUCGGACUGGGCAAGGAGGUCAACCUCUUUUGGAGAGAGAAGGUCACUGGAGCCACCGUGCUGUUCCUCUUGAACAGGUAUGCGCCUCUGGUGUACAUGCUCUCCAGCUAUUCUGGAUCUAUGGCGGUCACGGACAAGAGCUGCAACGCUUCGGUUAUGACCUCAUUCGCUCUCGAUAACCUUCAAUACGUGCCGUGGGCGUUGUUCUCCAGCCUACGUGUGUAUGCACUUUGCGGAAAACGAUGGGUAGCCGCGAUGCCCGUGCUGGUGUUCUCCGUGAUCCCGAUCGGUAUCAAUCUGACCCACUUCUACUGGUCUCAUGGAGAGUACGUUCCUGUCUGGGGAUGCCAGACCGUUGUCGCUGUCUCCCCCGCCCUCUCUUCGAUGUUUGCUAUUGUCAACCGGUCGUCCUUGAUCAUUGCAAAUGCGAUUGAUGUCGUCGUUACAUGGUAUACGACCUAUAACACAGCAGCCAUCGCCCGUUGCUCGGGCAGAAACGUGCCAUCUAUCGCCCAGCUACUUCUAGUGAACGGAACGAUCUAUUUCUUAGUACUUCUUGUCCUGAACAUCCUUCAUCUUACAUUCACUGUUCUCUCCAUCACCGUCAACAUACAACAGACAAGCUACAUCGUCUCCUUCACCGAGCCCAUCACGGCGAUCCUCGUCUCGCGCUUCAUGUUCGAUCUUCAGAAGGUGAAACAGCGCACACAGCAUCGUAGCGACCCGUUCGGAGACGCCACGGUUUCCGCGCCUGGUUUCAAUCGCGUUCUGGGCUCUAUCGGAUCUGUGCUAGAUUCUUCCGACGUAUGGCGUGUGUGUUCAACAUUAGAGUCAGAUACACCAGAGGUGGCUGUCACAGAAUACGGAGUCGAUGUCUUUGGAAAGCACGAGGUGGUGGUUAUGCUUGCCCCCACUGUAUCGAGGAGUUCGGACGUUGUCUGAUCUUUCAUUCGCUAGCGUUGAAAGUGAUAGAUCGACAUUGAAAUGUCGGUGUGCCCAUACUAUGUGUACAUUAGUGGGAUCAAGUUCAUACAUAGGGUUUCUGAAGGAAUCACAGCUCCAUUAU